AUGGCUCUCAAGAUAAAAAUUGCUGAGACUAAGGUUGUUUUGCUCAAUCUCCUACUAUGUGUGAUCAUAUUCUACUCUGUGUAUUAUGUGGUCCUAUGCUUUUGUUUCACAGCUUUCAGGCUGCAGAUGUUGGAUGGACUGGCACCAUUUGACUUCAAGACCAGCCCAUCAUGGAUUCACCCAUAUUAUUUAGUUCUUCUAGUGUCACUGGAAAUAACCUAUCUCGUCUCUGGACUGCUCUUUGUGUUGGUUGUAGAAGAAUGGGUUUGGGAUUAUGCAGUGACUGUUACGGUCAUUCACAUCACCAUAACUGCGGCUGUUAUGUCUGAAUUCCCGCUGACAUUGCACUGGUGGGCAGCUUUAGGUUCGGGCCUAAUUUUGAUGGUUUGUGUUGGACAAAGUUUGGCUUACUACCUGUUCAAAGACAACUUUAUUUAUCCAGUUCUGGAUAAUUUCUGA